UAUAAUUAAAAUGAAGUUUUAUUAUUAUGUAAUGAGCCUGGUCUUCUCGCUGUGUCUCACAAUCACGUCUGUUAAAUGCCAAACAACAAAAUCAGGGAUAUGUAGCAAGGAAGGGGAGGAGUUAAAAUGCUGUACAGAUUACGUGAAAAAUGGAGAUAAGUGUAUCGAAUGUAUCGGGUAUUUCGGACCUCAGUGCAACAAAGAAUGUGUACCUGGGUUUUAUGGUUUUGGAUGUCGGGACAAAUGCAAAUGUGAUACGUGUGACAGAAUAAAUGGAACAUGUCUACAGAGUUCAACAGUCAAUAAUAUGAAAUUGAAAGGCAUCUCAUUAGAAAGCUGGUUACUAAUAUUAUUUGGCGUUGUGGUAAUCAUCGGUUCCUUGGUUGUUGUGUUAGUAAUCAACUUUGUACGAAAAAGGUCAUCUCACACGAUUCAAGGAGAGCAGGAAACCAAAGUAAAGAAAAUCGAAAAUUACACAGAAGAUGACUGGGAAUAUGAAAUGUCCUACGAUGACUUAAGAGAAUCACAGAUGAUUGUUGAUGAGAUAGCCCUUCCAACCAGAAGGCACGCAACGAACACUGAAUCUAAUAAACAAUCUAUAUCUUCCUUGUAUGCAGUACGACAUAAAUAUUGAUAUUAUUUUCUGUUACGUAAUAUGUAAAAGAACCAACAACAUAUAUGUAAUAAUGCUGAAUAGUAUUUUCUUUCCUUUUUCCACUUUUAAAGUUUUUUUUAAAUUGGAAGGAAACAUCAUGCAAAUAAAUUCUCACUUGCAUCUGGGCAUAAAUGAAAAAUAUAUAACAAUUAUAGAUAUGAUACGUGUUUUCCAUU